CUCGGCGCGGUUCGUGCUCCUGUCAUCGCCCCCUUGUUGCCACUCGCGGACAAGCAAGUGGAGGAUUUGGGCCUGCAAACCUCUUACGAAUAACCCAGCUUCAUCCUCAGAAGAAUUUCACCAGCUGACCGGUUCAGCUUUUGUUGGCCUCGUCUCCAGCCUGACAGGCACCAUGGCGACCGCAGAGGAUAAUGUCAAGCUCUCCGAGCUGACCAACCUUACAGCGGAUACCGUUUUCCAGGUCCUAAGAGACCGCUUCUUCUCAGGUCUACCUUACACCGACCUGUCCGAUUCUAUCCUCGUAUCCGUCAAUCCGUUCGGCUCCACGGGCAACCGCAACAGCCCGGACACCCUUCGCGAAUACACUAGAGACUAUCGGGAUACAAGUAAAGAGGCGCGCGUCCGCAAGCUCCCGCCACACAUAUUUGCAACUGCCUGCAAUGCGUACUUUUACAUGCGAAGGACUGGCCAAGACCAAAGCAUUCUUUUGAACGGCGAAACGAGCUCGGGCAAGUCAGAGCUACGACGAUUGGCGCUCAAGGCGCUAGUCAACCUCAGCGUGUCGGCACCUGGUAAAAAGGGGUCCAAGCUUGCGUACCAGGUGCCAGCUGCCGAGUUCGUGCUCGACUCUUUUGGCAAUUGCCGAACGCUGGACAAUGCCAACGCUUCACGUAUAGGGACCUACAGCGAGCUGCAAUUCAAUGACAAUGGCAAGCUGAUGGGCUGCAAGACACUCGACUACUAUCUGCAGAAGAACCGUGUUGUCCAUCAUGCAGCAAAUGAAAGGACGUUCCACAUCUUCCACUACCUCAUCGCUGGUGCAUCAGCCGAGGAGAAGGAGUUUCUGCACCUUGGCGAUGGUGAAUUCAACUACCUCGGCGGGGGCCGCGCCCACAAGGAGGCUAUCAAAGAAGACUCCGCCAGAUUCCAGCGCCUGAAGCAGGCAUUCAAGAACAUUGGCCUAUCUAAACGUCAGGUCGCCUCCAUCUGCCAAGUCCUUGCCGCCAUCCUCCACCUUGGAAAUGUCGAAUUCUACCAAGACCGACACCGCACGCAGGACUCUGCCUCGGUACGCAAUCCUGAGGUGCUGUAUCUCAUCGCUGCCUUCCUCGGAAUACAAGCCAAAGAUCUUGAGGACUCGCUCACCUACAGGACCAAAAUGAUCAAAAAUGAGGUCUGCACCAUCCUUCUCGAUGCUGAUGGCGCGGCAGCCAACAGGGAUGACCUCGCCAAAUCAUUGUACGGCCUCCUGUUUUCUUGGCUCAACGAGCACAUUAACGAGAAGCUCUGCAGGGAUGACUUUGACACGUACAUUGGCGUCGUUGACCUGCCCGGCUUUGAGAACCUCAGCAGGGGCAAUUCCCUCGAUCAGUUCGUCAUCAACUUUGCCAACGAGUCGAUGCAUCGCUGGAUGCUCAAGAGCAUCUUUGAGAGCAAGAAGGACGAGUAUGCCGACGAGGGCAUCCGCCAUCUUUCACCCGAUGUGCCGUUCUUUGACAAUGCUGAGUGUGUGCGUUUGCUCACCAAUCAACCGGGUGGCCUCGUCCACAUCAUCGACGACCAAGCGCGGCGUCAGCCAAAGAAAACAGAUCACACGAUGGUAGAGGCGUUCGGCAAGCGGUGGGGAAAUCAUCCUUCUUUCAAGGUUGGCCCGGUCGACCGCAGUGGCUUUGCCUCCUUCACCAUCUCCCACUUUGCCGGACCCGUGACAUACACCAGCGAGGCUUUACUUGAACGCAACUCCGAGGUCGUCAGUCCAGACUUUGUCUCCCUCCUGCUUGGGCAGCCGGCAGAGGCAGGCAAGAGUGCAACCGAAAUCCCUGGUUCUCAGAGCUCUGGCUCCUCUAUCCCCUUUGUCAAGACCCUCUUCAGCACUCGCGCGCUCAAGACGCAGGCGCAUCCCAAGAGCGACCAGACCAUUGUCGCCGCGCAGCAGUCAGUCAAGCCGACGCGCGCCCCGUCCACCCGUCGUCCCAAUCGUGGCGCGGGCGGCGGCCUGGCAAGGUCGGGGACCUUGAAGAAGGAAGCCAAGGAGGAUGAGGAUUCGGAAGAUGAGAAUGCCGACGGGACAAAGAAGAACAAUGCGGUCAGCGGCUUUGUCGGCGAGUUCCGCGAUGCGCUGGACACGCUCUUCGGGACGCUCGAUGACACCAAGCCCUGGUUCGUCUUCUGUCUGCGGCCGAACGACAACCAGCUGCCGAACCAAUGCGAGGCGAAAGUGCUCAAACAGCAGAUCAAGUUCCUCGGUCUCGCCGAAAUGGCACGCAAGAUGCUAGCCGAUUUUAGCGUCAGCAUGACUUAUGAGGAGUUCUGCGACCGCUACGCCUCUUCCUUCUCGCUCGCCGCCAUUUCAAUGCGCGGCGCACAGUCAGGCGAGGCGAAGCAGAAGUUUGCUGCCGCCAAGGAGGUCAUGGGCUGGUCCGACACCGAGGCUGCCACCGGCCGUGUCAAGGUCUUCCUCAGCCAUCGUGCCUUCCGUGAGCUCGAGGAUGAACUCAGGGCGGUUGAUCCAGAAGAGGUCCGGGUCAAUGAAAAGAAGGCUCAGCAGGAUGCCGAAGCUAUCGCACGUGGCGAUGCUGACCCCUUCUCGCCGAUGGGCCUGCUCGACGAGUCGGCAACGCCGCUCAGUCCGCUUGUUGGUGUCUUUGGUGACCCCUUCAAGGAGCAGUCAACAGCGAGCGUGCCGCUCGUCGGCGGUAGCGGUGGCCCGGCCGGAGCCAGCUCCGACCUCUACAUGGACGACGCGAAGAGCGCUUUCUCGGAACUCACAGCGCCUCGUAGGAGCAUGAUGGGACUUAGCGGCGCCCCGUCCGUCAUUGGUUCAGAGAUGUACACGCCAUCGCGCAACAUGUUCGCCGGUGUCGCUACGCAAGGUGCCAACGAGAAGAUGGGCAGCCCCCUCGGCGCGGCAAACGUCGCUCCCGAAGCAGGGCAGGUUGCGGAAGAGGUUCCGACCACUUCUGCUCGUCGCAAGUGGGUCUUCAUUACCUGGCUCUUGACUUUCUGGAUCCCCUCUCCCCUCCUUUCGCUCUUUGGUCUCAAGCGCUCCGACGUCCGCAUGGCCUGGCGCGAGAAGCUCACGAUCAACUUCAUGGUCUGGUUCAUCUGCGGCUGCGCCGUGUUUGUCAUCGCCAUCCUCGGAAACUUGAUCUGCCCGCGUGAAUACGUCUACAGCGUGCAGGAAUUCUCGGGUCACAAAGGGAACAGCGCUUGGACGUCCAUCCGCGGGGAGGUUUUCAACCUCAACAAGAUCGCCUCCAGCCAUCUUGCCGCCAUCGACGUUGUGCCCGCCAAAAAUGUGCUCAAGUACGCCGGAGAGGAUGCCACCAACCUUUUCCCUGUGCAGGUCAAUGCACUGUGCAACGGCAUCACGGGCACUGUCAGCCCUUGGGUUCAGCUUAGUGGUGACAACAACACAGACGUCAACGCACAGUAUCACGAUUUCCGCGCCUUCAAAACAGACGAUGUGCGACCGGACUGGUACUAUGAGCAGAUGUGGCGAAUGCGAAGCACUGCGCGUGUCGGCUUCAUGGGCUACACCUCAGACGGUCUCAACGACCUUCUCACUGGUGGGCGCACUGUUGCUGUCUACAAUGGCGGCGUCUACGACGUUUCUGACUAUGUAAAGCAAGGCAAUCGCGGCGUGCCUGUUGCUCCUGAAGGCCAGCAGGCUCCUCCCAAUACCCAAUUGUCGUUCAUGCACGAUUCCAUUAUCCAACUGUUCCAGGCAAACCCGGGAGGUGACAUUACGAAGAAGUUCGACUCCUUGCCGCUGUCUAGCGAGGUUAAGCAGCGCCAGCGAGUUUGCCUGCGCAAUCUCUUCUUCAUCGGCAAGCCCGAUCACCGCAACAACCCAGCGUGCCUGUUCUCACGCUACAUUCUUCUGGCCCUUAGCAUCGUCAUGGUUGCCAUCAUAGGUUUCAAAUUCUUGGCCGCACUGCAGUUCGGGCGCGUUCGUGCUCCCGAAGACCACGACAAGUUCGUUAUUUGCCAGGUCCCAUGUUACACGGAAGGCGAAGAGUCGAUGCGCAAGACCAUCAACUCGCUUGCUGCGCUCAAGUACGACGAUAAGCGCAAACUCAUCGUCAUCAUUUGUGACGGCAUGAUUGUCGGUUCAGGCAACGAUCGCCCCACCCCACGCAUCGUUCUCGACGUUUUGGGCUCCAACCCUAACCUGGACCCGGAGCCGCUCAGCUUCCUCUCGCUCGGCGAGGGAGCCAAGCAGCAUAACAUGGGCAAGGUAUACAGCGGUCUCUACGAGAACGCCGGCCACGUCGUACCUUACAUUGUCAUCGUCAAGUGCGGGAAGCCGACAGAGCGGCAGCGGCCUGGAAACCGUGGAAAGCGUGAUUCGCAACUGGUCAUCAUGCGCUUCCUCAACAAGGUCCAUUUUGGUCUUCCGAUGAAUCCCUUGGAGCUGGAGAUGUACCACCAGAUCAAGAACGUCAUCGGUGUCAACCCGAGCUUCUACGAGUACAUCCUCCAAGUCGAUGCCGAUACCACAGUCGAGGCCUACUCGCUGAAUCGCUUCAUUUCGGCGUUCACGAACGACAAGAAGGUUAUCGGACUCUGUGGUGAGACUUCGUUGUCUAACGCAAAGAAAAGCUUUAUUACUAUGUUGCAGGUGUACGAAUACUACAUUUCGCAUCACCUGGCCAAGGCAUUCGAAAGCCUGUUUGGUUCGGUCACGUGUCUUCCAGGCUGUUUCUCGAUGUUCCGCAUCAGAACUCCUGACACGCACCGUCCGCUAUUCAUCGCCAAUGCGGUCGUUGAUGACUACUCGGAGAAUCGCGUCGACACGCUUCACACGAAGAAUCUGCUGCAUCUUGGUGAAGAUCGGUACUUGACAACGUUGGUCCUCAAGCACUUUGGCAACUACAAGACCAUCUUUGUGCGAGAUGCGAAAGCGCAAACCGCAGCACCCGAGGACUGGGGCGUGUUGCUGUCGCAGCGACGUCGCUGGAUCAAUUCAACCGUCCACAAUCUGUUUGAACUCAUCCUGACGCCAGGUUUGUGCGGGUUCUGCUUGUUCUCCAUGCGGUUCAUUGUCUUAAUUGAUCUGCUGUCGACGAUCAUCGCCCCUGUCACUGUUGCAUAUAUCGUGUACCUUGUUGUGCUCGUCUCGACUUCGGACGCUACGGUUCCCGUGACGUCGCUGAUCAUGCUCGCGGCCAUUUACGGUCUCCAAGCGGUCAUCUUUUUACUGAAUCGCAAAUUCGAGAUGAUCGGUUGGAUGUUCGUCUACAUCAUAGGCAUCCCUAUCUGGUCCUUCUUCCUGCCGCUGUACGCUUUCUGGCACAUGGACGACUUCUCCUGGGGAAACACUCGUGUCGUCACUGGAGAGAAAGGAAAGAAGGUUGUUAUUCACGAUGAAGGAACCUUUGAUCCCGCCGAGAUCCCUCUCAAGACUUGGACUGAUUACGAGAAUGAGCUUUGGGAGCGGAACUCGGCGCACUCAAUCGGCUCCAUCAUUCAGGCGGCGCGAGAGGAAAACAAGCUUAAAGCAGGCUCGAGAGCAGGCUCGAUGUAUACACCUUCGCUGUACGGUCAGCCUGUCCUGACCCACUCCCAAAGCUUUGGUCACAGCCCGACUCAUUCGGCAUUCGGCGGUUCUCAGACGGGCGGGUACAUGCAGGAUCACCGACAGUCGAUGAUGAGCCAACCCUACACCAUGGCCCCGCUGGCAUCGAUGGGCUACCAGACCCCAGCUAUAACCAUGUAUGGAGGGCCGCCUUCGCUCUAUGGUGUUCCCGCACCUACCUACGCUAUUCCGUUCGCUCACCCAUCAGGGUCCAUUUACGGAGGUUCACAACUUGGCUACUCUCCGCAAGGAGGUUCCGGACGCGCAACACCCACGAAUGGCUUGGAAACUUCAGUGCAUUCGCGGUCGGGUAGCGGUGCCUUGCCAUCUGACGCAGUGCUUGAAGCUGACGUUCGCAGGCUGAUCGCUGAGUCCGACCUUUCAAAGAUUACCAAGAAACAGAUUCGUCUGCAGCUCGAAAGCAAGUAUGCUACGUCUCUGACGACUAAAAAGGACUUCCUCAACGCCACGGUGGAAAAAAUUCUAUCCGAAGCUGUAUGAGGUCGCAUUUGGCAUGCAUCGCAGGACAUCUCAAGAUACUACAUGUCGAUUAUCCACAUCCCAUUUUUCAAUCCGGUCCAAACCGAGAACAUUGCCUUCCACCAGCCCGCUUUUGCUCACACUCACUUCGCAUUUUGCAAAGCACAACAAUAUCAGCCAGGCCUUGCACUGGUGGCUCCCUACUCGUC